AUGAAAUAUCUUUGCGUAACUGGGUCUCUGGAACAGGGUUUAUUCACUGAUCAGGAGAACCUCCUCCCGGUACUCACAGCCUGUUGUGGGGAGUUUAUUAAGAUGGAAUGCUAAUUAGCGAAAAUGAAGGCAUGAUAGUCCUUGCACGUUACUUAAAUAAGCAAAUGAGAAGAAUUAAAUUCUUCUAUGAUCUUAUCAUAUAUUGUUCUAUAACUCUGUAAUUGUUCUGCUAGUUUUCUGCUAUUUCUUGCUUUUUUCUGUUUGUUGUAGUCGUUCUCAUGGUAAUGUCCAUUUUCUAGGCUACUAAUAAAUGAGAUGCUUUCUUACUCUCAGUGCUUAUGACUUAAUUUGUCAGUUUUUAAGAUUUACCUUGUUUAUCUAUUAAUCUUUUUUAUCUCCCCGUCACGUUUCCUUUUUUUGUUUCUCUUACAUGUACUUUUGUAGUUCUAUUUCUUCAUAUGAACAUCCAGCUAAUCAAAAUUAAGACAAGGAUCUAUUCAAGGUUGUUCUCCAUCUACUUGUCAGGUUGUUGUGAGGCUGAUUUCCGUUUAAAAAGAUGUUGUUCAACUCCCUGGAUUUUCUCCCCCCGGCUCUAACCCUACCCCACAUUUAUGCAAUGACCCCUCAUAAGGAUGAUUAUAAUGAUGAUUGUUGUGAUCGUAAAGUGUUGUAUUAUUUGCUUUUGUUUUGGCAUAUUACUUAAUGUUAGGUUACAAGCUGUAUAAUUCUGUUUUUACCUAAAUGAGACGUAUCCAUUUAAAUGUUCUGAACAGUAUUCUAUAUUUUCUCCUGCUAUGCGUAAGUUCAUCUCUUGGAAAAGAGCUAUUUGAUUUGGAGAAUAUUGUAGAACCAAAGUGGGGCUUUUGUAUUAUCUCGUUUCUUUUCUUUCUCAGGUUUUGCUUUGCGUGCAUUGAUAACUGGGCCACUAUCACAAAUCUCUGUCCGAUUUGCAAGAAUGAGUUUCAACUCAUCACAUGUUUGCCUGUAAGUGAUUUUCGUAUCAUAAAUCACUCCUAGAAAAUAAUCUUAGAUACAUAUUUAGGUUCACAAAUUAUGUUUCCUAAGUACACAAAACCCCAACAUGAAUGCCAGUACCAUGAGUGGAGAAGUCUUCUUCUUAAGUCUAUAUUAAUGUAGAGUCCCCCAUUCCUGCUUUUGAAAUUUCAUUGAGAAAUCUGGUUCCAGUAUCUAUUCAUUCAUAAUUCAGAGCCCGGAAAACUCAAUAGUUUCUUUUUACCAACUGAAGGUUUAUGAUACAAUUGGAAAUGCCAAGGUUGAUGAACAGUCACUUUCCAGGUAAAUCUAUUGGCUUUUUUUCUGCGUAUGCCAAUUAAUAUUUUGAUUCUUAUGCUAUCCUGAAUUAUCUGUAUAGUUUAGGGUCGAAUUUGGCUAUGUCAUUUCCUUUGAAUUGGAUGCCUCUAGUUUGAGUUUGAAUGGUUAUGCCCACUAUGUCAUUUUGAUAGAGGACGUUAUGUGAAACUUCCAAGUCACAUGAAAAUUGGACAUUAUGAGUUCGAGCAAUAUGGUGCAAAACUUACUGAUGAUAAAAUGCUAAGAUACAAAAUAGGUAUUACCAUGUUUAAGUUGCAGCCUAGUCAACACAAUAGUUUCUGCAUGUCAUUAGGUAUCUUCAAGAGCAAGAUAAAGUGAGUUGGCAGAUCUAAUAAGAUUGGUAUAUAUAUAUAUAUAUAUAUAUAUAUAUAUAUAUAUAUAUAUAUAUAGAUAGAUAGAUAGAUAGAUGGAUAUCUUUUGAUGCACCUGUGAAAUCAAUAUUUUCUAAAAAGUAUAUUGUUUGACUUUCACGUAAAUACUCAACUUCUAAGACUUGUUUACUCAGGUCCUAAGCUGAUUCCACAUUUGGGGGAUGAAUGAUAGCAUAAAGAUAGUUCUCUUGUACAAAAGAUACUGAGUGAUUAACUUAUUUCUCCAGGACUUGGUUUUUCAUGUUUCAAGCUGAUCCCGAUCGAUGGUUAAUGCUUGAUGAUGAUAGUGUGCUCCCUCUGUAUUGCUGAUGUGAAGGGAGAUGAAGCAGUUAAUCUUUAUAAUAUCUUUAUUUCAAGUUGUUGAAGUAGUUUUUUUCUCAGAUGAUAUCGUUGAGAUAUAAUUCUAAUUUUGAAUCAGAUUAACGGUUAUGUUUCUGUUGGAAAUGCCUUUCAAAAUUGUGGAGAACAAAUUGCUGUUCACUGAUAAUCAUCUGCCAUAGCGGGCAGUAUCUGAAUUGCAUUCCAUAGGAUCAUGGACCAAAUUGUUAGGAUUUGUUGGCCCACCCUUUAUAUUAAUAAUCUGGACCAUACUGACCAAGAGAAACAAGUAUGUUGUUGCGCAUGUACUUCCCGAGAGAAACAAAUGGAUGGGCGUGUGCUAGGAUCAAAGUUGGUUCGUCCGUUUCUUUGUGAGGAAGGGGAUAACUCUGCAAUUGUAUGUUUUUUUAUAUGAUAGAACUGUUACCAACUUUAAGAGAAUUUUUGAGAAAGUUUAUUAUUUUAUGCUUGCCAAAUUCCCAGUCAAUGGAGAAUAUCAUCUCAACAUGUGGUAAACUAGUCUUUCAGUUUCUUUCUUCCUAAUAUACUGUUUUUUCCCCUUCUCAGGGAUGACGACUGGUACAUUCAGGGGAAGUGCAACACUCUUUCCUUUCCUUCAUAUUAUAUCAACGAAGAUGUAAUGAACUUUAAUAUUUUUCUAUGCAUUUUUUUGUACAUAUUGUUCGGAUCUCAUACAUUUGUAUCUUGUAGGCAGUUGUAUGUUUGGAUGGGGAUGGUUGCAAAAUAAGAAACAAAUUGCCAACUGAAGAAGAUUUAAAUCUUGAUACAUCAAUUGCUUGUGAUUCAUGUGACAUCUGGUACAUGCUUCCCCUUGCUUGUAAAUUAAUGUAAAAAGUGAACUAAAAAAUCCUUAUGAUUACUUUUCUUUCCGGCUUUCUCUCGCUCUUUCAUAUUAAUCCAGGGUAACCUAUUGCUACCCUUGUAUGUGAAUUAAAGUGAUAUAUUAUGCUACAUGAGAGCACACGUGUAGAUAUUCUAUGGAUCUCACUUAGCUUAGGGUACAUGACUUAAUGCAUUGGCGGAAAUCAGUGUUGCCAACCGCAGUUAAUUGCACUUUGUGGAUAAUCUCGAUGAAGAAUUAGAAUACCAUGGUUGGUCUUCUAAAAUCCUUGGACGAAAUGAUGCAUGCAGAUGUACCCUACAAAUGUAUGAAGAGCAAAUGCAGGCUUCACAUAUUUCCAGUGCUAUUCUUACAACUAUUGGUGUUGGGUGGAGUUGAGAGCUUGAUAACUUGGGAAAAUAAUCCGAUUAUGACUAACUGGGCCAAUCCAUCACCUUUAGAAACACUGGAUCGAAUCCAUACGAUCUUCUUUAAAAACUUAUUUAUCAACAAUGAACUAUUUUGGGUAUAUUGAACCAAUUUAUCCACGUCAUGAGGCAUAUUACAAAAAAUAGUUCCCUAUGACUUUAUUAUAUUGAUACUAUGCAUACAGUAAACUAACUUUUCCCCCCUUAUUGUACAUUAUUUUUUUUUUACAUUACAUUAUGCAUUGUGUGUUUAACAUCUUUGCUUGGAAGUAUAUUAACUGCUUCUGUUUUGACGUCGAUUCAGGUACCAUGCUUUUUGUGUUGGAUUUGAUCCUGAAGGUACGUCCCAUAGCUCAUGGCUCUGUCCAAGGUAAUAUUUAACUCUGCUGGGGAAUCAUGCGUAAAAUCACAUAGUUGCUGCAUAUCAACUAAAUAGAGGAAGAAAACCUUCUCUAACUUUUCUUUCUUUAUUGUAGAUGCAAAAACAACGGUUUACGACAAAGGUUAGAAGACAUUUCUGAACAAAAUCUGUUCAGUGAUCAUGAUCAGAGAAAUUCGUGCAGUCUUCAGUCAGUUGGUUCAGUUUUUUCGGGAAAGGUUUCGAUAUCUAUUGCUGAUGCUGGUGAGACAGCUGUUGUUGUCUCGAUGGUUGAAGGAAAGCAGUCUACAAGUAGUGAAGAAGACCUCUUGGAGAGUGAGACUAAUGUCAACGCAUGUACAGAAGAGGAGGCCUUGAUGACAAAUGUCUCCUCUUGUGCUACUGAUUUUGAGCAGUGCAAGUAUAGAAAUCUUGUUGAUACAGAUGAUGAUCAAUGGUUGACCAGAAAUGCUGCAGGAAAUCAGAGCCGUUCUGAAUUCUCAUUGGAAGUUGCUUCUGAUAAGGCCAUUUCUUCGGACAGUUUAGUGCAGGAAAACUUUUUUGGCUCACUAACGUCGCUGGAGGCAUCAUCAGACGGAGAUAUCAUCCACCAUAAUAAUGGUGAGCCAGGGACACCAUUUCCAUUUUCUAUGUCAGAAGGUAUUUUUUCUUUUCCUUGUGAUCCAUUGGCUUCAGUUGGCUGAAUACCUUAUGACCCACACAGAUUUUGGUCGGGGAGGCUUUCUGUUUUCCUUUUUUUUUUAAUCUCCACUGGAAGUGACCUCUCGACGUCAAGUUGGAGAACGAAUGAUGUGACAUUCUCAUCAUACAUUGGUAUCUUGUCUCACCUGAUACUUUUCUACAAUUGUUUUGGUGACACAGCAGUUUUGGACAAGGCUGAGGCUCAGCUUGGUGGUGAUAGCACCCAGCCUUCCAAUAAUGUUUUCUCUUUAUCAGGUAUAAACUAAUUACGGAUGCAUGUCUCCCGGUUGCCCAUUUUCUUGGCUAUUUUUCUUUUCGAUAGUGACAGUUGGACAGAGGUAGUAACGUUAGUGUCUUGUUGCGAAUGACUGUGACAUUUAGACUUCAUCUCUUUUGUAACUUUCAGUGGACGAAUUUGUGAAGAAUGAUAGUGGGAAUGUUGCUGAUCUUGUUGAUCAAGAGAAUUCUGAAAGAAAAGAUUUCAUCAGAAAGGAUUUUGAGAUUCCUAUAUCGUCGCUGAUGUAAGAAGCUACCUGUCGUUGUAAAUAUGUCUGACAACUGUUUAUUACUUGGCUAUACUUGUUUAUUUUUGGUAGUCAGUUGAAUAUAAGCUUUUUUACAAGUGAAAUCCUCUAAAGUAAAAUCAUUGACAUGAUUUCUCCAAAAUAUGAAUUUCCAUGUUGGAAUCUGUCUUGGUGCUGCAUUUGCAACCUGUAUCAAUCUUGUUCGGACAUCCAAAAUGCUUGUCUAUUCUUACUUUCUUUUCAAUUUGAUUCUGUCUCAGGAAUGAUUCUAACAAGAGUGACCAAUUCAAGAAGAGAGAAAGGGACGCCCAUGCCAAUGCAGCAACUGACGUUUGCAGAGAAAUUGAUGGCUUCGAUGAGAAAUGUAACAUGUUGCCCCAAAGACGUCGGAUCGAUCCGUGCUUUGCAAUGGAUCCAAGAGAGUGGUCUGAUCUGGCAUCAUCGUCUAAAGAUUUAGAGUCAGAUCAAGUUUCGGGAAAGGAAGAUGGCACGUCAGAUAUUAUGAGCAUCGUCCAGGACACUGGGUGUAAAUCCUCUAUCACUCAGUCAUCGAGCACUGAUGGGAGACAUCGUGGGGUUGGUUUAAGAGUGAAAAAGAUAUUGUGGAGAUCUGGACAUGACAAUGAAUCAUCAGUAUUAGUUCAGAAACUGCGAAAUGAGAUAAGAGAGAGAGUAUGUGAUAAAGAUAUAUCAGAUAUCAGCAGAAUUGUAGCUUUUGAUGGGAAGCUUCUUUCUGCAUUUCGUGCUGCAAUAGCAAGACCGGAAAAUAAGACCGUUAGUAAAGUUGAUCCUCCAUCUGUAAGAGCCAAGAAUAUUUUAUUGCAGAAAGGAAAGGUACGGGAAAAUCUAACCAAGAAAGUAUACGCAACUACCAGCGGAAGGCGAAGACGUGCAUGGGACCGAGAUCGGGCAGUGGAAUUUUGGAAGCAUCGUUGCCUCAGCAGUGAACCAGAAAAAGUAAGAACCUUACAGUCUGUCCUUGACCUCCUCAAAAAAGUUAAGUCUCCACUCGUGCAUCCUGAAAUAGAACAAGGCCCUGAAACGCAGGCUUCUAAUUCCUUACUUUCAAGACUAUAUUUGGCAGACACAUCUGUCCUGCCUAGGACGGAUGACAUAAAGCCUCUCUCUGUUCUUGCUGAUGACAAGACGGUUGGUGGAAUUGCUUCUAAAUAUUCAGCAGAAGCCAAUUCACAGAAUAAAAGAGUGAAGAUUGAUGACCCAAGUUUCAAGGGUGAAAAUACUUGGAGAAAGGAGCAGUCUUAUGGAGUGAAGAAUGGAGUGCAGUCCUCUAUUUAUGGAUCGAGAAAUGCCAAAAAGAGCAAUGAAUUGUCAAAGGAACCUCUUGCAAAUUCUGCAUCUUCUAAAAGUGAUAAGAGGCAAUGGGCACUAGAGAUUCUUGCCAGAAAGAGUUCCUUGUCAAACACGGGGAUGCCUCAGAGUGGAGAAGAAGAUCAUCAUUUGCUUAAGGGAAAUUAUCCACUACUAGUAUGUUGACACAAUCGGAUUUGUUUAAGCGAGUUGUUUAACUAUUCUAGUUAUUGAACUUCUCUCAUCCUUACUGAUGUCGUAACCCCCUAAUAUAUUGGUGGGGCCAGGCACAGCUUCCAAAGGAGAUGAGACCAGUGCCUGUAUCCUGUAGCCACAACAAAAUUCCUAUGCCGGUUAGGCAGGUACAUAUUUGUCUCUUUUCUCUUCAGAUACGUUUUCCGGUCUGUGUUACGAUAGUUUGCAGUUGACUUGUGUGAUAGGCUUGCUUUUAGAUUUCGUUGCUCAGCAUGCUAGUUUUUAGUAAAAUUCACCUGUGCAGUUAGUCUCAGUGAACUUGGAUGUUUAAAAAUUUAUUGUUUCACCUCGGCGAACUUGGAAGUUUCAAAUUGCUUCAAAAUGGUUUUCAACUCGAAGUUUGAAUAAUGUGUCAUGUUUUCUUUCCUAUCUGCUGCAUAUUUUUCUUUCAGGUCUGUUCUGAUAUGAUGCAUAGAAUAGUCCUAGAUCAUAAAACUGCAUCAUACAGGAGAACGAAUUCCCUGUUUAAGGGAAGAUUGAUGACGAGAUUCUAAAAGCUGUAGUUUUGCUACAGAUGCUUUCAUUGCACAUUAUCGUGUAUUUUUUGACUUGGCUUUCAUAUCCCUGCCUUGAGUAACUGUUGGUUGAGGUUGCUCAAACAAGGAGGAAAUCUUGGCUUUGAUGUCAGUAAUUAUCCAUCUGCAGAAAGCUCCAUUUCUCUUAGAACGUGGAGCCGAUCCUUGGCAAAUCUUGAAUGCUUCGGCUCUGCAUAAAACUUCCAUUUUUCAUAUUUCUCAAGGAUAGUAUGGCCGAUAAGUACUCCAAGGCUCAACAAAUGACUGAGCAAAUCCCUUCGAGAACUACUAGAUAUUGAGUGUUCUAGUAUCUAUAGUUGAUUACUUAAUAGCCCUGUGUUUUAUAAAAAAAAUAAAAUUCUGUGCCAGGCACAAGUAUAUCGCCUCGCUGAACACUUUUUAAAGAGAGCUGGUGUGCCUGGGAUCCACAGAACAGCCGAGGUAGAGCUAGCCGUGGCUGAUGCGGUAAACAUAGAGAAGGAAGCCUGCGAACGGUCCAAAAGCAAGCUGGUCUACGUGAAUCUUUGCUCUCAGCAUACAAUCCACAGCACGGCCCCAAGAGCGGAGGUCGCUGAUCUGACUGCGAGUCCCGCUGAAAUGGUGCCCAAUAGAGAAGCGACGCGCCCUCCAUCGACAGAUGACAGCGUGGAAGAAACCUUGAGACUGGCUGGCCUUCUGUCUGAUUCCCCGCCAAGUAGUCCUCCCAAUGGUGAAGAAGAUGAAGACCUUGGGAGCAUAUCCGCUCCAAAUCCUCACCCCGAUUCAGAUCUGAAAGGUGACCCACGUGCGGAAGAUUUGGGCUCAGAAGCGAAGUCAGUGCUCUCCAGUUCCUCGGAUGCAGUGGAUGGCACGAUGGAACAGCCCAGCCCUGGGAAGGACCAGGUAGUAACUGAUCUCUGUGAGUCCAGGGCCCCUGAGCCAGAUUCGUCCGUCUCUCCCAAGCACCUGCACGGUGAUGAUGAUGCUGCUGCUGAUCCCUGCACCCCUGCUCCAUUGAAGCCUAGUAAUGAUACUUGUCAGCCCGAAAUGGACCCAUUGGAAAGCCAAAGAAAUGAAGAACCUUCCUCGCAUGGUUCAGAGAUGGAAGCAGCGUCUGGAAGCUUGACUCCUGCUGACAACACAGCUGACAGAUCGAGAAAUGAAGCUGCUGUUUCUGGGUGUGAAAGGAGCAGACUCCCCAUGGGCCAUGAAUCGACCGGAAGGGGAAGCUCUUCAAGCCAUUUUCUGCCGACUGAACCCAUUACAGCUGAGGAAGUUAGCAGCGAUCUCCCAGGCUCGAGUGAUUCCGUCUUAAAGAAGGUGCUGACGCCGCUUCCCCUUCUGGAACAGAUUUCUCCCUCUUUUCCUCUGGCCCUAUUGACUCGGUGCCGCCGCUGCAGGUGGAGGCCUACAUCAAAGAGCACGUCAGGCCGCUCUGCAAGAGCGGCGUCAUCACGGUGGAGCAGUACAGAUGGGCGGUCGGCAGGGCCACGGACAAGGUGAUGAGGUUCCAUUCCAAGGCCAAGAACGCGAGCUUCCUCAUCAAAGAAGGCGACAAGGUCAAGAAGCUCGCUGAGGAAUACGUUGCGGCGUCUCAGAGGAAGGAAUGGAAGCCCCGGCCGCCCACCGAAGGAGUUUGA